GGGGCGUGCAGAUUCGUCAGUCUGUCCUACCCUCUCCCGCCAGUCCUUGUAUCUACUAGCUGGCCCUGUUCGAUGACUGAGUGCUGACCUUGGCGAUGUCCGCCGCCGCCGCUCUCGCAUUGCCCUACGAUGAGUCGCCAGUCACACUCGUCUCCCAUGCAGCUGCAGUAAAAAUCCUGACUCUCGUCGGAUUGACCUCCCUUCUUUACGACCAUUUCGUUACGCUUCCCAAUGAGGUUACUUUGAUAUGGCGUGCUCGGAAGGGCGUCGUCUCUACCAUCUUUCUGUUGAACCGCUACAUCGUCCCCGCUAUACUUGCUUUGGAUAUCUAUGAGACGUUUGGAAAUGCCGCUGCUUCCAUCCCGUUCUGCAAGGUGUGGACGAUAGUGCAAAGUUUCCUGACGAUUUCGUCAUAUAUCUCCAUCCACGCCAUCGUUGCGUGGCGAGUGUAUGCCAUUUACAACGGUCAACGCUGGGUGUCAAGGCUCCUGUGGAUCGGAGGCUCCCUCAACUUUGCCGUCUCGGCAGGUAUCACCACGGCAUCGCUGAUACCCAUCAUUUCCGAUCUUCACCCGUUCUACCACUCUUGCGUUGGAAACGUUCCGAAUUAUAUCUGGUCGAUUUGGCUUCCUAGCAUCAUUUUCGAGACACUCCUUUUCGGGCUUACCAUCAAGGCCAUGUUCCACGAAGGGCAGCGUCGCUCGUUGACCUCCCUCUCUCUCCUUCUCUACCGUGAUGGGAUGUUGUACUUCGUUGCUGUUACAUUCUGCUCUCUCUUCUCCCUUAUGGUCUGGGCUCUAGCGGGCCCCGAUCUUCUCGGUCUCGCACGAUACUUCGCGCUCGCCAUGGUGAACAUCGCCGGUUCGCGGCUCGUCCUCAACCUCAAGGAGUAUGCCGCCACCCGCGUCGGCGAUACCGACUUGGAUUGGGACGAGCCGAGUCGGACUCCCUCACGGGAGGCGGUGCUCCCCAUGCCAUACUUCACGACAAGCCACGUGCGCUCGGCGGACGGGGAGUCGAGCGAGCUGAACUGCUCGCUCGACCUUGAGUUGUAUUCCAUCGAGCGGGAGUGCCAGCAACUGGGAACGCGAUUACACUAGGUGCGUUGUACGGGAACUGGGGUUCUGAGUGGGCAGUGUACGAUGACGAGAUUGGGAGCGUGUGGGAAUGUAGAAGGAAGAGGCAUAGACAAUGUUAUUUGCGCGUCACGCGCCCCUCGACAUCACUUACCUGUACAACUGUAUCGUUAGCUUAUCCGGUUCGAGCCCUUCGCCACCGUGCUUGGUGAAAUCUUUGAUGCACCUGUCAG